AUUUUAAUGGUUGAUGAUAUAAUUAAAUGAUUUCAACAAAAAAUUUCCACAGAUCAAGGAUGGGUAUUUUUUUGAGCGAUCAAAAACAUUUAUUUAUUACUCUUUGAAAUCACACUUGCAUGCACAAGCGCGAAUAUUGUAUCCAGGAUGUGAAAAUUUUCAUACAAUGACCAUGUUGUUAAUUUCAUUAUCAUCAUCACGAUGGCUGAUGCUGACCACAAUGACAAAAGUGACCACUUUUCCUCAUUCAUGUUAUUUAUUAUUAAUUGAUGAAUUGUCUGCCAGAUUUAUGUUUUGUAAUUUCCCCAAUGACGGAUGUAUUAGCUCUGUCGAAUCGGCUAAAAUUUGAUCAUGACAAUUGAUUACAAUGAUAAUUAAACUACUAAAAAGAGGCAAAGUCGAUUUAACACCAAUUGAAACAACUCAUCACAUGGAAAAUUUAUUACAUUUGUAUUUCACUAUAGUCAUUGAAUUUUCAAUGGAAAUUUUCUACGUUUGUCUAUGCUUGUAGAUGACGAAACAAUCGAUAGAUUGAUCAGGCAAUUGGUCAACUGAACAUUCAGUAGUUGAUUAGAAUGUGGUUUAUAAUAAUCGUCUUGGCCAUGAUGGUGUUAACCAAAAAAAGUCCAAACAAGCUUUUAGCAUCCAUGUUCGUGUGUUUGUUGUUUGUUUUCUAGUUUGCUACUAACUAUUUGCAUUAUUGUUUAUUGAUUGAUUGAUGAUUUUAACAUGGAUGACAUUGACAACUCAAAUUUUUAUUCUCUACAUUAUCAUCAUUCAAUUUUUUUUCAAUUAAUUUGAUAAAAUCGUAUGUAUGUGUUUUGACAUUUGAUGCCAUUUACCUCAAUACAUUGAAUACAACGUAAUCAUAAUCCAACUACAUAACAUUUGAAUGGUGAUGCGGAUGUCAUUGUUGUCAAUUUAGAUAUUUUGUUAGUUUGUUGUUGUUUUUUUUUGUAUAUAUUUAUCUGGUGGUUCGUUCGUAUAAUAUUGCAUCCGAUUUGUGGUUUGCAAUCAUCAAUAUUUUUAUGUGCUCAUUGUGUUUGAUGAUUUGAUCUAGAUUUACUUUCUAUAUUAGUGUAAAGCAAAUACGCGUAUGUUAUGACAACAAACAGAUUGUGACCAUCACUAUGACGUAAUGAUAAAACAAAUUUUCCAAAAAAUGGAUGAAUUCGACACUUUUAAAUUUCAAAAAAACUAAACAAACUUUUAAAUGUAAUUCAAAUUGAUUGAUUAAUGAAUGAUUCACCAUAUGAAUAACACAAUAGAAUCGAAUCGAACAAAAUUAUUUCCAAAUGUUAUUGGAAGAAAAAUUCAAAAUUUUAAAUCUCUUGUACGACGUUCAUUAAGUUUGAUAUCAAAGACUGAUGACCACGUGAAUCAUAGUGAACAAGAAAGAAUGACAUGGCUUAGAAAACAUGGCCUGAUGGCGAAUAACAAAAACUCUUUGAAUCAUAGCUCAAAAUAUUCAAUUACAAAAAAAUCUUUGGGAAUUUUAUCCAAAUCUGACCUGGGUCAAGAUAAUCAGUCAUUGGCUAUUAUAAAACCAAAAUCAAGCUCAUCACAAUCAUCAAUCAAAAUCAGUGAGAAUAUUUCACAAGGUACCAGUGAAUCGGCAUCGCAUUUGUCAUCAAUCAAUCAUCACGAACGUUUAAGUGAUAGUCGCCAACAAAUAAACGGCAACUGUAGUGAACGAUUUCCCAUAACAACAGCAUCACAAUCAACAAUAGACACAAUUGCCAACACAAUCAAACAACAAACUAAUCAGGCAAAAUUGGUAAGUGAUGUUAUUGUUGUUGAUGCCGAUUCGAAACAAUCAUUCGAAACAUCCGAUAUCAAUACGACAACAAUGAGUCGGGAAAUGAUGGAGCCGAAAUUUAUUCAUUCUAACCAUAUUAAUGAUUCUUAUGAAUGUCAUGAAUCAUUUAACCAAACUCAUGACCACCAUGGUUCGGUUAUCAGAAAUGAAAGUUUCGACGACGAUAAUAAUGGCAAUGAUCCACCGAAAAACAAUGAUUCGUAUGAUCAAUAUGAAAUGAAAGUAGCCGAUCAGCAACGUCAAAUUGAUUUGAUUACCAAGAAAUUACUAUACAUGGAAGAGCAUAUAAUCGAUUUGAAUACGGAAAACGUAUCGUUACGGAAACAAUUGCAACAGAAUGAAGAAUUAUUUAGGAAAAAGAUACAGCUACGUGAAGAUGAGAUUGAAUCAUUACAGGAGAGUAUUAUGGAAAUGGAAACAAUCAAUGCUGACCUGCGAUUUAAAGAACAAGAAGUACAGAUGCAAAAGAGGAUACAUCUGGAGGAUGUUAAACUAUUGAAACAACAAUUAGUGGUACGUGAAGCCGAAUUGAAUGAAUUGAAUAAUUCUUGCCGACGUUUAGCCGAACUAGAACUAUCUUAUCGUAAUGUUCAAGAUGAAUUGGCAACUCUAAAGCUAAACAAUUGUCAAACAUUGAAUCAGCUUGAAGAUAAUUAUCGAUUAUUAUUUGCUGAAAAAGAUUUUGAAAUCGGUAUUCUUAAAGUCAAGAUUGAUGAAUUAACACAUGAAUUGUGUAACAGUGUUGUUGAUUCAGAUUAUCGUCAUUCUUAUAAUUCCCAUCAUCAACAAAAUCAACAAUCUUCCAAUUUAACCAAUAAUAGCAUCUCAACCAGUGAACAAAUUAUUCAUUGCUCUGUUUGUGGUGCCAUUGAAACAAGAAUCGUGAACAACAAUAACGACAUUGUCAUUUCAGCAAAGAUUCAAUCGUCAUCAUCAUCAUCAUCAUCAUCAUCGUCGUCGUCGUUUGAGACCAAUUCACAUCAAACAAAUACGAACAUUGGUUUGUUGUCAGUGGAUAGUUCAGACCAAACAAACGAAUCAACAGUUGUUUUUAUCGAAUCGCAAUUAAAUCAACAACAAUCAUCUCCUAACUGUACUGAUGAUAAAUUAUCGCUAAAUGUUGAGGCUAAAAUGAGACGAAAACAUUCAUUAAAACGAAUAUCAAGCUGUGAUAUUGCUGAUGGUGAUUCAUUUGGAAUGUCAUUACCGUAUGUGGCCAACAAUAAUGAUCACCAUCAUUCUAACAUAAUAUCCGGAGUAGAUUGUAAUAACAAUAGUCAAACAGUUAUCCGAUCAAAUCUUGUUGGUUCAGGUAUAUCUCCUGCUACAGAAAUGAAUAGAUCGGAAGUGUUUCCAUCGCUGCCAGACGUAAUGCUUCGAAAAUUAUGUUUGUUACGCGAAAAUACAUGCAACAUUGAAAGUCUCAGUGAACAAGAAAUUGAUGCCAAAUUCCAUACGUUGUCAUUAGCAUUUAAAACUGAUAAAUUCACGAUCGAACAACGUGUGCAAUUGUAUCGUCAUCAACGAGAUAUUGCCGAGAAUGAUGCUCAAAUCGAAUUGAAUCAUCUAAGCGAAUUUGUACAAGAAUUGUAUCGGCUACUAUUGGGUAGUGAAAGUAAAUAUUUUUACAAUACAUCGUUGAUGCAAUUAAAAGAGUUGAAAGAUAUGUUAGACAAAAUCGAUAUGCAAGUUCAGGUGAUUAAAGCAUCAAUGAUGAAAAUUUCUUCACGAUCUGAACUGUAUGGAUCGGUGAAACAAGAAGAAAAGUUGAGCACUGCAUUUGAUGUUAUCUUAUUGCAUACUGAAAAUCUUAAACGUGCCAAAGAACGUGAUGCUAAAGAAUUGGAAGAUAUGAAACGAUUAUUGGCUACUACAGGCCUAAACAAACAUGAUCAAGAUCACGAUGACUUCAACAUGGCUAGUUCUCACAAUGGACGACGUACGAAAAAUAGAGAUUCUAGACGAAUCGGCCCAUUAUUGAUGGCCAAUCAAUUACAAAACAUUCAGGUUAGCUAUCAACAGACGAGCCGAGGAUCUGGUUCUGAUAAUCAAAAUUACAUGAGGACAAGACGUCUUUCAGUACCGGCGGCAGAAAUUCGUAAUAGGCCACGAUUGUUACAAUUAUUCAAUGAAGCAACAGCCAGACAAUUACAGGAAAAGGAUGAUAAAAGUGAUGAUGAUAUUGAUGAUGAUGAUGCUGAUGAUGAUGAUGAACAGAUGAACAUGGCCAAACAUCGACAUAUUCAACGACACCGAACUUUGACUUCCAUCGAUGAUCAUAAAGAAUCUGCUUCCGAUGAUAAUGAUCAUGAACAAAUGGACAGCUUAAAGCAGGAGUCCAAAAGUGAUGGUAUCGAUCGAUUUGAGGCGACAGCAACAAAUAGCCGUGAUGAUAGCGAUCACGAUGAUGGUGGGAGUGAUAAUAAUUGUACCACCAAUGAUAAUGACUUGAUCAAUCAUCGACAGCAACCAGCGACAAUGCCAGAAAAAGUAUCGAACCGAAACAGUAUUAGCGAAUCUCAUAAGCUAAAGAUACAAAUGUUUUAUCAGAAGCUAGUGGAAAAAUUGACACCAUUCGAAGAUAGGACAUGGCGUGAUAAAUUUAUUGAAAAAAUACAAGAAUUGUAUUGUCUCUUAUGCAUGUUAGUAUUUACAAUCAGAUCGGUUGUGGCAAGUAUCACCGAAAGCGGUAGAUCGAGAUUCCGUAAUCUUCGACGACAAACCAAUUCGUAUGAUAAUCUUCGCUUUACCAUAUCUGCUAUAUUCAUCUUUAUUGCCGCAAUGAUUCUCGCAUUUUCUGUCAUUUUGCCAAUGGUUUCUUCAUCAUCAUAAUAUAUCAUCAUUAUUUUUUCUAAUUUAAUUUAUAAAUUUUAAAUUUUUGUAACGAAAUAAAACCAUGCAUGUAGAAUUUAGAA